CAAACACGGACUUUGUUCUCCAGCACCGAGCUCCAAACGAUCGCCUGGCGGAAAUCUGCUCCAUUUCUGUUCCAUUUGGAGCUGCCGCUCGCUCUCUGCUGCUACACGACACAUCACUGCAGGAUCACCCCCAGCUCUGCCAGCACUCCUGGAAUGCCAAGAGAUCCUGCCUGCAACCCCACUAACAAUUUUCCGGAGACCCCGGCAGAACGUCCACCUUCCCGCACGGAGCUCCGCCGUCGAUCUCGGCAACAAAGGCGAGCAGCAGGCGCCAGCAAAGGGUUAACUCCGACUGUUCGCGUUUCUGCCUUCCCUCUUUCAGGCUGGGUCCCUGCCAGGAGGAAGCAGUUCAAGUUGAAGGCUGGUGGUGCGUGCAGCAGCAUCGGGCGCAUGUCUGCGCUCCCCAGCAGCCGGAGCGGGGAGGGUCUGGCAGGCAGCGAGCGGCCGCCCCGGGAUGGCGCAGGGCUCCGAGUGCCGAAACUCCCUCCUCUAUUACUACAGCGUCAAAUUCGCUUUGUCCACCUAUGCCACUCUCUUCUCGAUCAUCGGCCUCGUGAUCCUGUGCAUUGGGAUUUAUGCCGAAGUGGAGAGGCAGAAGCACAAAACCUUGGAAGGGAUGUUCCUCGCUCCAGCCAUCAUCCUGCUCCUGCUGGGCUUCACCAUGUUCAGCGUCUCCUUUGUCGGCAUGGUGGGGAGCCUCAGGGACAACCGGACACUUCUGAAGACAUUCUUUUGGGUCCUUCUGGUGAUCUUCAUCACGGAGCUGCUGUUGAUAUUCAUUGAAAUCAUCUUUGAAAACAAGAUGAAUGCAGUUUUGCACUCCAACAUUCAGGAGGGCAUUCGCCACUAUUAUGACGACCUUGACUUCAAGAACAUCUUGGAUUUUGUCCAAGAAAAGUUUUCUUGCUGUGGUGGUGAUGAAUACCGGGACUGGGAGGUCAAUCUGUACCACUCCUGCAAUGGCAGCGGACCGCUUGCGUGCGGCGUGCCCUACACGUGCUGCGUCAGGAAGGUCCCUGGAGAAGUCAUUAACACCCUGUGCGGCUACAGGACACUCGAGAAAGAGCGCCUGGAGCUGCUCGAUGUCAUCCACGUGCGAGGCUGCAUCCACGCCGUGGGGCUGUGGCUGAAAGAUAACUUUGAGUCCACUUUGAGCAUUGUUUGCUCCCUGCUGCUUCCCCAGGUGGUCGGCCUGGUGAUGGCGUGGCUGUAUUGGCAGAAGCUCAAUGAGAUUUACUCUCAGCUGGACACCGUGGACUUCAGGAUGCUGGAGGUGCGCGAUUUCAGCUUCGGGGCAUUGGAUCUGAGCGGUGCGGGCUGGUGCUGGUGCUUGCCCAAGGAAGGAGGAUACAUCCCCAUCAAUGCCAUGGAGGAGGAAGAGGAGGAAGAAGAGGAGGAAGGCUUGUCUGUUACAGUCAAAAGUGAGGAGCUGGAGGGCUGAAAGCAGCGAUGGAAAAAGAAGGUUGGAGUAAAAGUCUCAGUGAGGCAGCUGAUGCUGAAUGUGAAAAUGUUGCAAUGUAUCCUCAGGUUCAGGAGAUCCCUUUGGGGAAAACUGCUAAGUAGCUUUGGGAGGCUGGAGCAGUGCAAUGUGUUGUGUGGGCACACGAGCUCCCCGGGGCCCUUUUACCACAUUGCUGACUUGAAGUAUUUGUACAUCUCUUUUUUAAAAGUUUUUACACAAUAAAUGUGACUGCUGUUCUGUU